AUGAAGGCGUUGCGGGCGCGCUUUAGGGUGAAAGGAGAAGAAACUGGAGGGUUAGCAUAUUGGGUUCGGAUGCAUCGCAUUUUUGCCGAGCUGGAGCCGUCUGUUCCCGUCACGGAGCAAAUCCUGGCAGACCGAGUUCGCGAGUACAGCACCGUGCGCGUGUGGGGCGGUGCGGUGCGGCGGCUGCGCGCGUGCGUCGCUGCACUCGCCGCGCGCGCCGGUCUGCGCCGCGCACACGUUGCGCCCGGCGCGCUCGCCGCGCUGCACGCGCUCGCGCUCGCCGCCGCCGCGGACCAUCCGCGCCUCGGCAGAGUAGAGCUGACAUCGUGGGACACGGAGUGGGAGGAGGUGUGGCUUAGCGAUACGCAGUUCGAUUUUGACGAGCCCGAACCCCCCGAGCACCUUAGCUGGCCCGACGCGGAACAUUUCCAGCAGGAGGUUGCUCGCUGCAGCCCGCCCGCGCCCGCGCCCUCGCUCGUCACCUCGCUGGCCUCCAUGUGGCGCGGCUGGACCAAGUGA